AUGCUCCACGCUAUUCUCUUCAUACUGAGCUUGUUCUAUAUAGGUCCUACUUAUCAAGAUAAAUCAAUCUCAUUUUUAACUGAUCUGGGUUACACAUUUACACCCUACAACAAUGUAAGCGCUCCUCUUCUUAUCGUCAUUCAGACCAACUUUCUGCGUUGUUACACGCAAUGCAAUCAAAGAACCGCUUGUCGACUAUUCGAUUACGAUUCAGACACAAACCAAUGUCGACUCUGGUCAGAUGAUCUGACGACAGGUAUCAUCUCUCUGGCUAUUCCAUUGAAGCCACGAACCAGAGUUGGUGUCAUUCGAAUCGCACCAGAUAUAUACACUCCUAUUCACAAUCAACCGUGUGACAAAUGUACUGAUAGUCGAUAUGAAGAGUGUGAUCCACUCUCCCUCACUUGUCAGUGUCCACCGAUGACAUUCUGGGAUGGAAGUGUAUGUUCACCUCAACGAUACUUGAAUCAAUCGUGUGCAACCAUUGACAGUUGCCGAUCGGAUCUUGCACUGGAAUGUCGAGAUGUUGGAUGUAAUUCUUUAUUUCAAUGCUUGAAUCAAACAAAGGUUUGGACAGCUGCCGGUUUUUGCAAUGCAACAGUAGGUGGUGGAGCAUAUGGCUUGUCAGGCCCAUGGGGAUUGCACGUUUCAUCAGGCAACACACUGUAUAUGACUGAUUAUGAUACUGGCCGGGUACAAGUUUAUCCAUCGUUGUCUCGUUCAGGCGUAACCAUUGCGAAGCUAAGUGGAAUAAUUGAAGAUGUAUCCGCUGAUAGUAUGGAAUAUAUUUACACGAGUGCUUUCACUCUCGCUAGUCUAUUUAUUUCACCAAUGAACACUACUCUGCCAAGCUCCGCAAUAUAUAUAUGUGGCUUGUCUUCGAUUUAUUCACCUUAUGGCAUUGCUGUUGAUCGGUAUCGAAAUAUUUAUAUUUCGCACUUCUCUUGUCAUGUAGUGACGAAAUGGACACCCAAUGCCACUGCAGGUGUAGUAGUUGCAGGACAACUCAAUACACCAGGUAGUACUAGUAGUUUGCUCAAUGGCCCAAAGUUUAUUGCCCUUGAUGGAGUACAUGCGGCACUCCAUGUUUUUGACNAAAUUUCUGCUGGGAGCUUGAAUCAGCUGAAGAAUCCAUCAGGAGUGUGUGUAUCAUCGAAAGAUCACUCGGUGUAUGUGGGUGAUCAAGACAAUCAUCGAGUGGUGAAGUGGUUAGUGAAUGCUACGCAAGGUUCGAUCGUUGCUGGCAUGACAGGAGUAGCAGGCAGCACGUCAUCACUUCUGAAUACGCCUGGUGAUUGCGUUCUUGAUCCAACAGAGACAUUUCUUUAUGUGGCUGACUAUGGUAAUCAUCGCGUGCAACGUUUUCGUCUAUAA